GCAGUUGGCUCUUUCAGGCCCUUGGCACCACCUCCCCACUCCUCGCCCUGCCCCGUUCUCCCAGGGCUGAGUCAGGAGUCCAGCUGGUACUGGCUGGAGCGACAUUCAGUGACUUCCUUGUUAUGAGUCCCGGCCUGGCAGUGUCCGGACUCGUAUCCCCGCUGUCCUUCCUUGGACCGCUAGCCCGAGUAUAGGUCACAGCCAAAUCCUCCCUGUCGGUCACCCUUUCAGUAUAGGUCCUUUCCCUGAGCGCUCCGCGAUAACAUGCCCAGUCCCAGCAGCACCUCCUCUCCCUACUCCCUCCCCGAGGAAAUUAAGAACCUGUUGGCAGAUGUUGAAACAUUUGUAGCAGAUGUACUAAGAGGGGAAAAUUUAUCCAAGAAAGCAAAGGAAAAGAGAGAAUCCCUUAUUAAGAAGAUAAAAGAUGUAAAGGCUACAUAUCUUCAGGAAUUUCAAGACAAAGGGGAUGCAGAAGAGGGGGAAGAAUAUAAUGACCCUUUUUUGGGGCCUCCAGAUACAAUUUCCUUAGCCUCCGAACGAUAUGAUAAAGAUGAUGAUGCCCCCAUCGAUGGAAACCAGUUUCCUCCAAUUGCAGCACAGGACCUCCCUUCUGUUCUAAAGGCUGGCUACCUUGAAAAACGCAGAAAAGAUCACAGCUUUCUGGGAUUUGAAUGGCAAAAACGAUGGUGUGCUCUCAGCAAAACGGUGUUCUAUUAUUAUGGGAGUGAUAAAGACAAACAACAGAAAGGUGAAUUUGCAAUAGAUGGCUAUGAUGUCAGAAUGAAUAACACCCUUAGGAAGGAUGGAAAGAAAGAUUGUUGUUUUGAAAUCUGUGCUCCUGAUAAACGUGUCUAUCAGUUUACAGCAGCUUCUCCUAAAGAUGCGGAGGAAUGGGUACAGCAGCUGAAAUUUGUAUUGCAAGAUAUGGAAUCUGAUAUUAUUCCUGAGGAUGAUGAUGAAAGAGCAGACGUAUAUGAUGAUGUUGAUCAUCCUCUACCAAUCAGCAGCCCACCAAUAAGUACUCAGCCAAUAGAUGAGGAGAUAUAUGAGGAACUUCCAGAAGAAGAAGAGGACAAUGUUUCCGUGAAAAUGGAAGAACAAAGGAAAACAAGUCUGGACAAUGUGCACCACCCCUCAGGAGAUAAGAGCACAGAUUAUGCUAAUUUUUACCAAGGUUUGUGGGACUGCACAGGAGCUCUUUCUGAUGAGUUGUCAUUUAAACGUGGUGAUGUGAUUUACAUUCUCAGCAAGGAAUACAAUAGAUAUGGCUGGUGGGUAGGAGAAAUGAAGGGAGCCAUUGGCUUGGUGCCUAAAGCCUACAUAAUGGAGAUGUAUGAUAUUUGAGAAUCCUGG